CGUGAGCUCUUGUCGGGUGUGGAAGUAGACUAGUUUGUAGUCGUGUUUAUCCCUUUUAUUCGCCAUCCCCUCUCCAUCCAGGAGGAGCUCGGAGGAUCACCAACAGCAGCACAAGCAAAAGAUAACGGAAUUAGAAAUGGCUGAGGAUAAGAACGAAACGAGUCCUAUCGUCGAGGGUGAGAAACCGGCGCAGGAGACUUCACCGGCUCCUAAGGACGACAAGGAUGAGCCUAAGGAGAUAAAGGAAUCUAAGGAGGAAGAAAAAAAAAUUGAGGAGAACGGCGAAGGCGAGAAACCUAAGGAGAAUGGUGAGGAGAAGCCGACGCCAGACCCAAAGGACAUGCGGGCGAUUGUCCUUAAUGCAUUUGGGGGACUAAAGAGCGUCAAGGUCCUUAAGAAACCUGAACCCACCCUUGGUGAAGGAGAGGUUCUAAUCAGAGUGAAAGCUUGCGGAUUGAACUUCCAGGAUCUCAUGGCUCGGCAAGGUGCUAUCGAUUCGCCACCGAAAACGCCAUUUAUUAUGGGAUCAGAGUGUGCCGGUGACAUUGAACAAGUUGGCGAAGGCGUUGAAAACUUCAAAGUUGGCGACCGAGUAGUGGCUCUACCAGAUCACAAGGCAUGGGCUGAACUUGUGACUGUUCCGGCAACAUACGUCUUCGCCUUACCAGCAGGCAUGAGCUACCUGGAUGCUGCAGCCAUAACGAUGAAUUACACCGUGGCUUACAUGCUUCUUUUCGAAUUGGCAAACCUAUCGCCUGGCAAGAGUCUCCUGCUUCACAGUGCAGGUGGCGGUGUGGGUCAAGCUGUGGUGCAGCUUGCGAAAACUGUAAAAGACAUUACAAUCUUCGGAGUUUGCAGCAAAUCGAAACACGAGGCUCUCAAGGAAGCUGGUACAAUUGAUUAUCUUCUGGAACGCGGCGGCGACUACACCAGUGAAGUCAGAAAAAUCUCUAGUGACGGUGUUGAUAUACUUCUGGACUGCCUCUGUGGUGAGGAAUGUAACAAAGGACAUGCCCUAUUAAAACCAAUGGGAAAGUAUAUUCUAUACGGAACCAGUAACGUGGUAACAGGCGAGACCAAGAGUUUCUUCUCGGCAGCACGUUCCUGGUGGCUAGUGGAUAAGGUAUCACCGAUAAAGCUCUUCGACGAGAACAAGACACUUUCUGGAUUCAAUCUACGCCACCUGAUGUACCAACAUGGCGGUCAUUCAUUUGUACGACAAGCUGUUAAUCAGGUGUUUAAGUUAUGGAGCGAGGGCAAGAUUAAGCCAGUAGUAGAUUCUACGUGGGCUCUAGAAGACGUUGCUGAGGCCAUGCAGAAGAUGCACGACCGUAAGAAUAUUGGUAAGAUUGUCCUGGACCCAAGCAUGGAACCAAAACCAAAGCCAGCUACACCAGCCAAGGGUAAAACUAAGGACAAGAAGGCAGCGAGUCAGGAAGAGAAAAAAGCCUCCAGUGUUGAAUCUGAUGAUGGAGAGAAGAAGAAGGAACCAGAAUUGACCAAUGGCACAUCCGAGGACAAAUCUGAUACUGACUCCAAGGAGAAGGAAUCCAGCUGAAUCCUCAGCCAGAGCUGAGCUUAAGAUACGAGGUUAGACACGAAGCAGACCAAGCAACCCGAGAAUAGAGAAAAGACAACAGGAAAAAGAUAAAAAAAUAAUAACGAAAAUACGAGGAAACAAUGUAUCUACCACUGCAAAAGAGAGCUGCGUACGACAUCCGUGAUCACUAUAAGAAAGACCAGAAGGAGGACGAGGAAGUGUAAACUUAACUUAGUGAUAAAUCAUCAUCCCCGUUAAAUGAAACGUAGUCAAACAUUUGGUUAAGUACAUUCAAGACCAACACAAAACUACACAAGUAACACGAUAAUAAACUACACGCAAUUUAAUAUAGAAGGUAAGACCGAAGCGAGCGAGCAUUUAAUAUAGUAAGCCAUGAAGGAUUAAAAAAAGGUCCAAGAAGGAAUUAAAUAGAAGAGAUCAAACAAAUUAAAACAAUGAGUUAUUCACGAAUUUAAAUCCGCGACGCUCUUAUGUAUUCUUUGAAACGAAACAAAGGUAAUGAAGGGAAAAAGCGACAGACUGGAUAUUUACGUUUAAAUGCGGAAUUUUCGUACGAUGCCGUUUUGCUUAGAGAGGGAAUGCAAUUUCGUUUCCUUCUUUGACAACGUUGUGACGUGCGAGCCGAUAACACUGAACACACAAGAGGAAUCGUGGCAGGGCUGCUGAGCCUUCAUAUUCUUGUAACAAAGAAGCCAAUCGCAUCGGCGCCGUUUUACCUAGCUUCGUUCAUUGUUUGCAACUUCGUCGAGGACGCAGAGUGUCUGCUAUGUAUUGCGAAUCCGUCGUGUGAAUGUAAUAUCGUUAUAUCAAUUUACAUGUAUAUUUGGUUGCGCAUGCGCUGAGAGACAGUAAACAAAAUUAUUACCUCGAGUCACUUAAGAAUAUCGACUGAAGAAUAUGCGCGCCGAUCUGAUUGACUGAAACAGCGUGACGAGGACGAUUACGACAGCGACGAUGACAAAAUGAUAAGGAGAGGAAAGAGAAAGAGAUGAAGUAAAAUAAUCAACCAAUAUAUCAAUUUUGACGCGGUCCACAGUAGUCUAAAAUACAAAAUAUUAAUUUUAUUUUUAAUACCUAAUAGCUGAACAAUUAAUUUUUGCAUACCUACUACUAAUAUUUGUAAUACUAUUGCUACACGCUGCGAGUUAUAAUUGUUAUUCUCCAAUAUAAUAACACUAUUACUAGAAACUAAUACUACUAAAUACUACUAUAUCACUACUACUACUACUACUCUGCUGCUGCUGAUGCUACUACUACUACUACUACUACUAGUAUUACUACUACCCCCACUACCACUAUUAUUAUUCGUGAACUUAAAGGACGUGUACUGGAAAUUAUUUUUUUCUUUCUCUUUUCUUUUCCAGUAGUAUUCUCUAAUGAUUACGAAAAUUCAUAAAUGCAAUGGUGAGAUCACAUCCCCUAUAUUUAUAUAAUAAAUACUUUUUCUAUGUCAUAUUUUUCGCGGUCAUUACAACCGCAAAAUUACCAUCGCGCUUUCGACUAUUUAUUCUUUUAUGAUGCUCUUCUUAGUGAUUUGUAUUCGAAUUGCCUACGACAUUCGCGACUAUAUUUAUAAUAAUAAUAAAAAUAAAGCGUUGUGGCGAGACUCGUGGAUGCAAUCGCACCGUCUAACAUAACAAAACAACUUGUAAUUUCUACGAAUUUUCAAAUGAUGAUCGAGAUAGGCAAUAUCCUUCCCAAGUUAUCACGUCGAGUCAGUUCGGACAUAUAAAUAGGGAAAUUGUUUUGUUUUUUCCACGUGUGAUAUAAGAUAGAAUGUGACGUAAUGGGAAUAGGAAAAGGACUCGUUGAGUUUCUGUUGUAAUCUCAAAACGUCACGUACGGCAAGUUGGCAAAAGUCUUCGCAAUGUUUUUUUUUCACAUUUGAUUUCUUUUCAUACCCCUAAAAUAUAACUAAUAAAGAAAACGGAAGUCCAAACCCGAACUCGGGCGAUCGAAGCUUAAGAGCUUCGAUGUCAUUUUUCGAAUUUUAUUUCAUAGUCAAAAAAGGGCUCACUUUAGUGUGUUCCCAAAUACCGUAGUUUCCACACGUGACGGGGUUGAUCUAACGCAUAGAACGGCUUUUAUUCCCCAGCCUUUGAAAGCCCCUCUUGUGCAAUUUUGUUUCUUUUAUCUUCUUCGUUACAUACAAAGUUUAAUCUCGAAACUUCAAUACAAUCAGCCUCGAUUGCCUGCGUUCCACCAUAUACGUAGAAUGCGCAAUCGACAGUAAAUAAAACGUAUCAGAGAUUAAAAAUGGCCUCGUAAAAUUUUGCUAUACAUUUUACACUUCAAUCUUACAACUGCCAACUGAAGUAAAGUGAAUUUCUAAUUAAAAAAAAAGGAAACUUUUUACAACAAAUUCAAAAAACUAAUACGCUCAUUAUCACUGCGGGUUACACACAAGAGAAUUCGAAAAUUGAAAAAGAAAAAUACAGAACAACUUGAUUUGCAGCGUAACGCAUUAAAAUUAUAAAAUUUGUUAAAUACGAAUUCGUCGUUGUAGUCUAACUCGCAAUUGGACUAAUGAUCGAAAUAGUCACAUUAAAAAUGACGGAUUAUAGAUGGAUAUUUUUCCAGCGGCGAAUACGACGACAAAAUGUGCAUAUCUACGUAAGGAAAAGAAAAAAAGACAUGGAUCAAUUUUUAAGUAGCCGGUUCGUUUAGGAUUUGAUACUACUUGCGCUAUACUAUAUUCUAUACACUUGUACUUUAAAUUAGCGUGUGAGAAUCGUCAUGGAGGAGAGUAUCUUACCAGUUUUUUCGAAUAUUCAAAGCGUGCGACUGUCUGGCGUGUUGUCACGCGAUAAAAACGCUAAAUGCUAUUAACCUAAAUGAUGAAGGAAAAAGAAAAAAAAAAGUAUAAUAAUAAUAAAAUAAAACAAUGAACGUGCUAUUCUCUGUAGCUCCUGCUCUCUCGUGCAAGAAUAGGCAGACAUACAUAAUACAUAUACAACAAAUAUUAUAUAUAUAUAUAUAUAUACAUACACACACACAUAAACGCACACAUGCCAUACUUACACAUAUAUAGGUGGACAAAAAUAUAAAAACAAAAAAUAUCCAGCAUUUCAUUGUACCGAAUUUAUCGUCGUUCGAUUUUCGAAAAAAGUAUUUUCAAAAGAUAUCAAUAUUCGAUGAUAAUACGUAAGGCAGUAGUUAAAAUUGGAGGGAAUAACUUUGCGAUAAUCGCGAUGGAGGCGCGCGCGCAUCGUGCAUAGAAACCACGUGAUUCGACAUGCAUAAAAAUUAUGGGGAAAAGGAAGGGAUGCAGAAAACGGGGAAAUAUACAUUAUAAGGAACGCGAGCGACGGCGACGCAAAAUGAUGAGGUACACGACACGGACACCGUAAAACACUGUAUAUUUUACGUAAGGCUUUAAAUGUUUCAUCAAAUAACUAUCUAUUAUAUUAUAAUAUAUCUAUAUAUUUGUAUCAACCAUUUUCCUCUACCUUUUUAUUUAGUUUUAAACACAGUGCGAUAAUAGCGUCGUGGAUUCAGUUGAGUGGGACGACAUUGAGAAUUCGAAAAGAAACGAAAUCCUUCUCCUUUAGCAAAGAGUUACUUUCUUUUCGAAUCUUUACUAAACCACCUACAUUCUAAGUGCGACAUAUGUACGAUGUGUAAUAUAUAUACCAUAUAUAUACAUAUAUAUUCUAAGAAUUAUAUUGUUCUCGGAGCCACGACGCUGCUCUCGCGUUUUAGAUGAUAAUUUAAUUCUCUUUCUUUUAUAAUUUUAUAUUAAUUACAUUACAUCUAGAAGACGCAAAGAGUCUCGCGUGCGAUCGUCCAUUUGCAAGGGAAGAAUCGAUAAUUUUUUUCUCUACGAUCUCGCGCCCGUCGCCGCUCUCUUUUUAAGUUUUUUUUUUGCUUUUAAUGUCGAAUUCAAGUCACGCGAUACGAAGAUGCACGAUCGAACGCAAGACUAGAUUUUUGGGUAUCGCGAAUAAAUUGAAAAAAAAAAGAAAAAAACAGACAUUAGUUUUCUAAUUGGAGGAUCUAUCGAGCGCGUAGAAUAUUAUAUUGACGGUCGAGCAACCGCCAGACGAAUUCGAACACAGUUUUUGCGAAAUAUUUCAAACGCACACGCAUCCUACGUUAUGUUAAAACGACGGGACGAUCGCUGUAUGAAUUUUCCGUUUUGAAGAACUUGAAAAUUUUGGGACACCGCGCGCUAUUUCGUAUUCGCCUAGAACAACAAGUCGUAACGUUUGUUUAUGUGUAAAAUUGUAAAAUUUAUCGACGGGAAUGUAGGCGAAAUUUUUUACUUUUCGGCUCUUUGGACUUUUAUCAUGAAUAUACGAUGUCUUUUUUUUAACACACACUUCACCUAAACGAAUCUUUGUGAUACGAUUCUUGCGGAGAGAAGAGAGAAAGGCUGGCAUAAAAUGGGUUGAUGCUGGAUGAUAAAUUUUCGCCUGCUUCCCGUAGGCUUGAUAUAUAGAUUGUAUUUUUGGCUUAUUAUUGUAAGACUGACUAUGUUGCUAUAUUAAAGAUUGCUUCGAAGA